AUGGAUAUUUAAUAUCUGCAAAUAGUAGAUUCAACAUGCACAUAAGCCUCAAAAACUGUCACUUUUAAGACCUAGUUUCUAAAUGUGCCAAAAAUAACUUACAAUUUACUUAAGAUUAAAACAAAUAUAGAGUACACUAUUGGUUUUGAAGUAAACACUAUUUCUGUUUCUAAUACUUAACUUUAGGUUGAGAUAAAAGCCAAGCCAGGACAUACUCUCUAUAAUAUAAGGAUAGGGAUUUUGGCUACAGAUUUUCCAAAUUCAGUUUAGUUUUAAGGAACGUUUAAUAAAGAAGGAAGCUAGACCUUUACAGCACCAGGAAAAAUAGUUGGGUACUGCGCAUUUGUAUAUGCUUAUGUAGGUGAUAUAGCAUUUGCUAUUAUUUAAUUCAAAUUCUCUUCAUAAGUGAAUGGUUAAUAGCUUUAAUUAUAUUAUGAUGAGACACUAGGAGGUAAUAUGAAAUCCAUAGAUUUUAAUGCUUUGGCUAUUUACGAAACAAACUAGCCUUGGUUUUAAUUAUACUCAUUUAAAUUUACAACAAGUUCAGAAUUUUCCUUGAGCAGUUUCGUUGAUGAUAAAUCUUAUUCACAAAACACGUAGCUAUCUGAAUAAGAUCAGAUUUUUUAUGGAAUGGGUUAUUGGAAUGAUCAUAGUAAUUUUGAAUAUAACUUUGAAGUUAACUAAUCAAAUUCUUAAUAAAUAAUCACCAACUCAAAAAUCAAUUUAAAAAUUUAUAACCAUAAAGGUUAUAUUAGCUGGUUAACUAUUUCCGUAUUUGAGCUAAUGAUUAGGUAUUGUCCUCCUAGUAACUUUAUCAUCAAAGUGGGAAGCGAUUAUUAAUGUGUCAGUGAUUGCUCAGCAGUUGAUAUAUCAACCUACAACGAUUCUAUCAAUAAUUUUCCUUUAGAUUACAGUACCUAUAAGAUGAACUCUUGUUCUCCAUGUCACUCCUCUUGCUAUAGUUGCUCUGGACCUCAAAACACAAAUUGCAAUAGUUGCCAUUCAAAUUAGUAUUAUGAUGAGACAAAUAAUGUUUGUUUAGAUAAUUAACCAAACCAAACAUUUUGCUAGCAGGUGAAUAAGAAUUCUUAAAGCUAUUAAAGUUGCUAGCCAUGUAAUCAAACAUGCAAAACUUGUUCAGGUGGAGGCAUCAAUUAAUGCAUUACUUGCUCAGAAAACUACCCUUAUUCUUAUAACAGAUUAUGUGUUAAUGAUUAGUAAGUUGGAGUUUUUUGUGAUAAUGUCACUAAAACUUGCAAAGAUUGCUUAAUUAGCAAUUGCAAAAAAUGUGACUCAACUCUCUAAUAAUGCCUACUAUGUAUAGAUACAUGGUAUUUGUUUAACAAUACUUGCUAUAACUCAAAAUAAGACCACACAUAUUGCGAUAAUAACAAUAUCUGCUAAUUAUGUGAUCAAUCUAAGUGUGUAAAUUGUAUUGAUUCUUUAGAUAAAUGUACUUAAUGUUAAAAUGGAUAAUACCUGCUUGAAAAUGUUUGCUAUUCUAGCUAAUAACAGUACACUUUCUGUAAUUAUAAUUAAAUUUUGAUUUAAUAUGAUUGUGUUAGGUGCAGUUAAAACUGUUCUAAAUGCUCAGGCCAGUAAAGCAAUUAAUGUAGUGAAUGUUUAGCAGGAAAGUACUUUAAUAAUAAUUAAUGCUUCGAUAAUUAAUAAACUGGUACUUACUGUGAUUCUAAUUUAAUUUGCUAUCCUUGUGACAAAAGUUGCUAGGAAUGUACAGCUGGAAUGGAUAAUAAUUGUACUUCUUGCUUUAAAAACCAAUACUUAUACCAGAAUACUUGUUCAUCUACAAAAUAAUCUGGUACAUAUUGUGAUUAAAAUUUAGUUUGCAAAGAUUGUGAUUUGAAAAAAUGUGUAACUUGUGUUGAUGCUCCAGACAAAUGUACAUCUUGCCAAAAUGAUUAAUAUUUAUUUAAUGGAGUUUGCUAUAACAAUUAACCUGAUAAAACUUUCUGCUUAGACCUGUAAAAUAACGAAAUUUUUAAAAGAUGCUCUGCUUGUUUUUAGUCUUGUGCAAAUUGUAGUGGCGAUUAACCUAAUCAAUACGAUACUUGCAUUUCUGGGUAUUUCUUUUAUUAAAAUCAGUGCUUUCAAGUAAAACCUCCUUCAACUUAUUGUGAUUAAAAUAAUAUUUGCUAAAAAUGUCAUGAUGAAUGUAAAGAAUGUUUAGGUCCUUACAAAAAUUAAUGUACCUCUUGUUUAAGUCAGCAGUUCUUAUAUAAAUCCUAAUGCUUUAAUCAAUAACCUGGUUUUACUUACUGUGAUUAAGAUUUUAUUUGCUUUGAUUGUGAUUCCAAAAAAUGCUUAACUUGCUAGAACUCUUCUGACUUUUGUUUGUCUUGCUAAGCUCAGCAAUAUUUUUUUAACAACAAAUGCUAUAAUUAAAAUCCAAAUGGUGCAUUUUGUAAAAAUGUUAGCAAUUUAAAUUAUCAAACAUGCGAAAAAUGCUCUGAGAAUUGCAAAUUUUGUACUGGCCCUGAUCCAUAAUAAUGCUAAGAAUGUAAUGAUUAAAUAUAUUUCUAUAAAAAUACUUGUUCAUUAAUCUAACCUAAGCAAACUUACUGUGAAAAUUUUAUUUGCCAUGAAUGUGAUGCCUCUUGCAAAUCAUGUACAGGUCCUACAAGUACACAAUGUUCAGAAUGCUAUGAUGGAUAUUACCUAAAUCAGAGCAAAUAAGAAAAUACUUGUUAAGUCUGCUAAAAAGGCUGUAGUCUUUGUUAAAAUUUUUUUGAUAACUGCAGCAGCUGCCAAAAUCCUUACUAUCUGAAAGAAAACAAAUGCUUGCUGGACUGUAAAAGAAAUGAAUACUUUGAUUUGUAAGAAAGAAUAUGCUCUUCUUGUAGUGAGUAUUGCUAGACAUGUUCUGAUAAAACUAUUAAAGGCUGCUUGAGCUGUAUAGAUUCUGCAAAUCUAAAUUCAAAUAAUUAAUGCAUAUGCUCUUAACAGGGUUUUGGGCUCUCGUCUGAUGGUACUUAGUGUUUACCAUGCCAAACUUCUAGAUGCAAGUCUUGUGAACAUAGCAAUAAAUGUGAUAUUUGUAUUGAAAAUGCCUAUUUAAAUGUUGAGUCUAAUGGAGAAGAAAAAUGUAUUUGUAAGGAAGGUUAUUUUUAUUCUUAAUCAUAUUAAAAAUGCUAAAAAUGCCCCUAGAAAAAUUGUAAAGCUUGUUCUGAUGAUGGGAAAAGCUGCUUGAAAUGCCUAGAUGGUUUUCAUUACAAUAAAGGAUAUUGUCAGUUUUGCAGCAACUAUAAAUUUGCUAAUGAGAAAAAUGAAUGCGAAAUGGAUUGCCCAAAUUUAUGCUAGGCUUGCUCAAAUUAAUCAGAAUGCAGUAUGUAUCUAAUUAACGAACCGAAUUACUUUCCAAAAGAGCUUUGUCAUUUUAGUUGUAAGGAAUGCAGUAGCUCUAAAGAUACGGCCUGUUUAUUGUGUUCUUCAUAAACUAGAGAAUAUAAUUUGCAAACAUAGAAAUGUGAAUGUAAGCAGAAUUAUAUAGAGAAUGGUUAGUAAGAUUGUAAAAAGAUACAACAAGUAGACAGCUUACUAGUAGAAGUUCACUAGAAGUUAAAUAUAAUAUCGUUUCCUGUACAAACGCUAGGUCUUUUCUUAAUUAAUAUCCCAUCUGUUAUGUACUAGUACUAAAUUUAAUAGUUAAUUGGAGAUCUUUCCUUCAUAAAUCAUACCGAUUAUCAAUAAAACUCUAUAAAUAAUGUUUUAAAGCUCUACACAAAAUAUAAUUCCUUUGAGAUUUUUAACAAAAAGGAAAGCUAAGACUCUACCAGCAAUCCAACUCUUAGAGUAUCUAGAAUUCUUAGUUCAGAUUAAAAUACAUAAAUUUUACAAAACAAAGAUACAUUUUUGGCAGUUGAACUUUAGGAAAGUUUUUUCUAAGCCAGCUUUAUUCCUCUUAGUGCUUUAGCUUUAUUUUUAAUUAUAUGUGCUUGCUUGCACUUAUAUGAACUAAAGACUCAAAUUAUAUUGAAAUACACCUAUCUUUUUAAAUGGAAUAUCUUCAUUCUAUUGUUUGUAAUCACAUCAAAUUUUCUGAUUAUCUCCUUAUUUAAUUUAAGUUUCUAAAAAUAACAACUCAUUGAUUUUGUAUUUUUAGGAUUAUUUGGAGUAUUUUAUACAAUUUUUUUGGUAUGGAUAACAUAUAAGUGUAAAAAAGCAGAAUAAUAAGACUAAUCAUACUAGAUAUUAAAAUCUUCAUUAGAUACGACAAGCUUUAUAGGAAGAUAUUACUUUUUACUAAUUGAAGUAAAAAAAAUUGUAUUUUGUUCAAUCAUUUCUCUUGCUUUUAACUAUGUUAAGUUUUCUGUUUGGGCAAUUGUUUUUAUUCUUAUUUUAGAAAUUUUAGUAAAAAAAUGGGUGAACCCAUUCAGCGACAAGAUUAGUUUAUAUUUUACCCUGCUAACUGAUAUAUUAUUUGCUGUUUUAAUUAUCCUCUACGGAGUAUUUUUAAAUUCAAAAGAUGAACAGUAACUCGUUUUAAUAGCAACUUUAGUCCUGAUUUUUCUAAUGAUCUUUACAAUCUGUUCAUUAUGCUUUGUAGCUUUUUUGGUCAUAAAGCUUAUAAAAAAUAAAAAAAAUACAAUCAAAGAAAAGUUAGAUUUAAGUUACUACACAUCUACAACUCGUAGAUCAAUUUCUCAAAGCUUUAAUCUUGAAAUGAAAAAUAUAACCACACGUGUUAAAUGGCAAAAAAAUCCUAUUCAAAACAUAAAUAAUUGA